GCUAUGUCGGAGCUGCAUUCGUUUUACAUAAAAUAUCGUCUGCUAUACGAGCACGAACUGGUCACUCAGCUCAUGAUACCGAUAUUGCAAGAUACUGAGAAUGAACCGAGCUCACGCAUUCAAUAUUUAAUGCUCAAUAUCCUGUUUGACGUUGCAAAAACAGUGUCAUUGCGAGAUGACGCGCGACUUUUCGAUUCAGUGAUGGGAAUUGUACGACAUUCCUUUACCGCGUCCAUUAUGCGCACCACAGUGGAAACAGCUAUAGAGGACGAAAAUGACGCGGAAUCUCGUCCACCUAUACCCUUGAGCUUCGAUAACCUUGAAGUGGUUGCACAAAGCUUAGGUGAACUGCUUUCUGAGAGGUGGCAAGCACUGAAUCUUAAUACGUUGAGUAUAAUCGUUAGCAUAAUGGUCGACCAUUUGCGUGCUCAGUACUUAGCUGGUUGGACUGGUGAACAAGGUUCUGAUGUCCGCCUACCGUUUCACGGUCUCGGUGAAGACUGGCCACGUGUGAACACCUUUAUCCGUUGUGCAGAUUCGUGUGUUCCGGAUACCGUAACGACUGGCUUUUCAUGGUCGUGCAUUUGUUCUGUGGUGGACGAAUUGGCUCAUGCGCUCAUCGGGAUAUAUCAGCGUGUUGAGUGCGGCAAUAUUGCAUCACAUAUUCAUGUUGAUGAUAGUCUGCUAGUGUGUGGACAAGUUGAUGAAAAACAGUUGAGAGGACAAAUUGCUAAGUUCUUGCCACCUAUAUUAUGUACAUUGUUGAACUACCCAUGUCGUCAAGAACAGAGAAAUACUGAACUCUGCCGAAUUCUUGUAGAGUGUGUGUUGCAGGAGAGUAUGGAGGCAGUAAUUGCUUGUGACUUGGCGAUACAAUUGGCGCCUGCUGCGAUGGCUGGAUUAGCUCUCGUGCUCACUGAGACGUUGUCUCAGAUGCAAUACAAUGCUGUGCGUGCGAUCCCUAUCAUGGAAUUACUUUCUGAUUCUGCGGAGAUUCCUGAAUUUUACAAGUUUUUUCAGGAAAAACAUUUUCGUUCUAUAAUCGACACCUUGGCGCCGUAUACAAACGUCCAUAAAUUCAACACAUUCAUCGUUGCUGCAAUACACCGCGUAAUGAUGCGAUGGUUUUACCGUGUUCCAGAGAAAAUGCGCUACCGCAUACAAAACCAUAUUGAAAAUGCGGUGCGAACAUCUCCAUUCUUGUCGGCUCUUGAUAUAUCUUCAGGUGUGAAUCGGCAGCCCAGUGGCGAUGGACGUCAGGUUCAUGGUGAAAUUUUGAAAGCGAUGUCAGUGUUUUUUCACAACAAAGAAAUUGAAGAUGAUUGGGGAGAUCCUAAGAUUCCCGAACGGUUGGCGGAAAGCACACAAGAACACUAUUUCGUUAACGACUCUAUCAUCACUGUAAGGACUUUCCUCGACUAUAGCAAAGACCGUGAAAGGGAAGAAGUGGCACAAUCAGAAACUGAUCCAUUUGGAGAAGUUUUUGCUUCAAGUGUCGAGCAAGUAGCUACAGCUGAGACAUCAUCUCAGGCAGCUACAAAUUUCAGUGAACAGCGACGGCGGCAUCAAUCUGCAAUUCAAGUACGUUGUCCAGCGAGCCAAAUGUCAGACGAAUGGGCACCUAGAAAAGCUUUAGAUGAUAUGUAUACGAUAGCGGGACCGCAUCAAAGGAACAAUGUUUGGAAAGUGCCGUGUGUUUCUUGGACUCAACUGAUAGUACGUCAUAUGUAUGGCAAAAACGGUUGGCUUGUGCGUUCAUUCGAGGAGUGGCCCGACGAUUUUGAAGAAGCCACCUCUAUCCGAAGGCCGGGUUCGAGUCUUCUACUACACUUUGCUGUUCAACCGGGUACUGUCCGCCUCGGUAGAAAGCCGAAUGAUGAGAUUUUGCAGCGAUCAUUGCGCAACUUGGACCGUAUUCCGGGAAUAGAGUAUCAUGCAGUGGGCGUAUUGUACGUGGGCGCACAGCAGGAGACCGAGGUGCAAAUUCUGGCCAAUGUUCACGGAUCGGAACGUUAUUCUCGAUUUUUGAAGCUUUUGGGUUCUCCUAUAGCUUUGGACAAACAUCCCGGUGGGCUGAUUCCGGAACACCAUGGAUCUUAUACAUAUGAGUAUCAGGAUGAGCUAAGCAAGAUAACGUUCCUCGUAGCAACCUUGAUGCCUUGUGCAGAGAAUGAUCCUAACUGUAAUAUGAAGAAAAAGCUUAUUGGCAAUAACUAUGUGUCGGUUGUGUUCAAUGAAAGCGGUGCUCCUUUCAAGCUCGGAUCUGUUUGUGGGCAGUUUGCACAUGUUGCAAUAGAGGUAAUACCUUACGAUGAAAGCACGGUUUUGCUUCAGCUGCAUGCCAAACAAGAAAUAUCGUGUUGGUUAGCAACCCGUCGAGCACUCCUCAGUGACAAAUGUGCUGUUAGAUUGUUGCGAAAAAUGAUAGUUCGAACGCAACUGUCCGUAAACGUUUGGCGAAGUGUGCAAGACAACGAUGAUCAGCCGUACAUUUCGUCUGCUGUGGAUCGCCUGAGAAGAAUUAUCGCAAUUCGAGAAAAAUGCGCGUUUAUACACCCUUUGAAAGAGACGUAG